AUGGGGAUCGGCCGGCUUGGAGAUCAUGUCGACGGUUUCACUGGCCGGAAGCUCUUCCAGUUUGGUGGUUUCAGUGGUUUCUUCCAGAGCAGCUCCUCGUUGUAUGAUCAACUGACACGGGCACUCCUCAACGGCGACAUCAACACAGCACAGCGCUUGAUCAAUCAAGGAUCCAGGCAGGGGCAGACAGGCGCAAUCGCAACAGCUCUCUCCACUGCAUCUGCAAACGCAACAAGCAAUGCGCCAGUGACAGCUGGCCCUUCAGCUGCACCGGCCCCUCCACAGGUGAAGGGCGGUGGAGACGCCACAGCAGCAGCACAGGCACUGGCCACCGCUGUGGGCACGGCGAUAGCAACCGCUUAUGCCUCAGCCAGUGCCAAGACCACUGUACAAGGCAGUGGCGUGGGCUCUGCUGAUGCCAGCGCCACGGCAGCAGCCACGGCAACUGCCACAGCUAAAGCUUAUGCUGAUGCAGUGGCUAAGGCCACCAACAACAAUGCUGCAGCAGUCGCGGCUGCCAAGGCGUCAGACAUCCAGACGGCUGUGGCUUCUGCUCUUGCAACUGCCAGCGCCAGUGUCCUCUCCACAGGCGGCACUGCACAGGCAAACACCCAAGCCAUCUCCACCCAGGUCAGCCAGGCGGUUGCGCAGGCCUCUGCCAAGGUCCUAGCAGCCGUGUCCGGCAGCAAUGCACAGAGCGGGUCCGCAGCGAACAGUGGCGUUGGGAGCUCUGGCAAAUAG